AUGGUGCGCUUUCCCACAUCUGCCAAUGCACCUCCCGCUGGCGCCGCUCAGACACACGAGCAACAAUCAGUCCGCAGCUGGCCAGCAGAGUGGCAGAAUGAAUCUCUCCACGACGAAGAGGGCGUACAAGCCUUUUACUCGUCGUCAUAUGACAACAACAAGCCAGCUCCGAAUGCUGGACGAAACGUCCACCUGUGGCAAGCCUCCGUUCACAGGCGCAAGGAUGGAAAGCUUGGGUUUAUGAGCUGUCAACACCCCAGCCCCGACCCCAUGAACGCCAGCGACCAGGGUAAACUACAUGUUGCCAUCACCAAGACUACCGAAACGGAGGAUAGCACCGAAAAUUCCGUUUCGAUUGAUGUCGUUCCCGUGGAGGAUGUGCCCCAAAUGGAGGCCAAAGGAUGGCUCAUCUGGGAGCAUCCCCGUAAACCCAUCACAGAGGGUGUGGUGGACAAAAAUCCGCGUAGUGAACAAGGUCAACUAAAAGAUCAAUCACAAGCAUCCAGAGAAGGAUACUUUGAAGCUCUUCAAGUGGCAGAUCUCGCUACUUGA